AUGAUGGUGAUUUUCUUCGGUGUUCCUGCAUUUGCCUCCCCUUCUCUCCUCACUAUUAUUAGCCUGCGUACACAAAACUGCCACAGGUCCCUCCUCCCUUCCCUCGGUGUUGCAUGUCAAGAUGUAUUCCCAUCUCAUUCCUCUCCCUCAUCAUUAGGAUCAUCAUCAUCAUUGUUAGAGGAUGAAGGAAAAAUGAGCAGAAAAACAAUCAUCGAACAGGAGUCAUCGCAUCUCCCUUUUGUGACAUAA